ACAAGACAGCACCGCCGUCUCCUUCCUCCCGUGCUCGCGCAUCAUCCAAUUCCCACCGUCGAGAGCUCCAAUUCACUCACGAAUCCACUCCAAUCGAAUGCAUCCACCAUCCAAUCAGCCACCAAAUCGGAGCUAACUAGCAACAGCAACCCGGAGGGGAGGGGAACGAGGAGGAGCCAAGAGCCGCCGGAUCCAUCCAGCUGCCCGGGCGGCGGAUCCGAUCCAGAUCGACGGAGCAGAGCGCCGGAGGGAGGAUGGGGAGCCGCGUCCUUGGAGCAGGUCGUCGCCGCUAGGGGCCCAUCUCAUCGGUCAGUUCUAGCUAGGGUCUCAACCAACAAAUCCAAAUCGGCUUUCGAAUCCCGGCCGGCCAUGGAGUCGCUGCCGCUGCACAAGCGCAACGUCGGCCGAGAUGACGAAAGGAUCAGCGCGCUCCCUGACGACCUCCUCCUCGGAAUCCUCGAGCGCCUUGAACUGCGCGAGGCGGUCCGCGCCGGAGCAGUCUCGACGCGGUGGCGGCACCUCGCCCACCGCCUCUCGCGCCUGCACCUCAACGGUCGCCAUUUCCGCUGCACCACGCUGCUCCAGUACAUGGACGCGUUCACGGGCGCGGCACGGAGUUUGCUGACCGACCGCGACUGCGACUGCAACGGCAGUCAUGCUGUCAAGUCCAUCAGCCUCCGCUUCUUCCUGUCGGCCCCCCACCUGAGCUCCAUCGGCCGCGCCGUUGAGCACGUCGUCAGCCGCGGCGAGACCAAACGGCUCCAUUUUGGCACAUGCUCGCCAUACAAGAGAAACACUGCCCUGCAGCUCGCCGAGUUUGGGCAGCAGUUCAUGUCCUUCUCCCGCGACUACCCACUCGCUUUCCGGUGGCUCACCAGGCUUACACUCAAGAACCUUGCGUUUGGGCAUCCCGACGUCACCGACCUCAUUAGUGCCUGUGACAGGCUCACGCACCUCACUCUGAGUUUUUGCCAACUUGUUGACGAGCACACACCGCUCAAGAUCAACACACCGUGUUCUGGGAUCAAGGAUCUCGAAUUCAUCCAAUUUGGGUGCACCCAGAUCGAGCUCAUCUCUGUCCCCAAGCUCAGUAAAGUGCAGUGCACAUCUUGGCGCUUGGCGAACCCUCCUGUGCGCUUUGGCUAUGUUCCAGAGCUUUGCAAUGUGAGCCUCACUACCGGCGCCAUGGCGUGGCAGGCGCCAUUCUUGCUGAGCAAGUGCUUGUCAGGGAGUGCCAUGAACCUGUCCAGAAUAUCUCUCAAUUUUUGCCACCAAAUGAUUUGGAUUCAACCGGAACAUCUGAACCAGCUUGCUGCUAUAUUCAGAAAUCUGGGUCAUGUGUCUCUUUUUGGUAUCUUCCCUGAGUGUGAUCUGAGCUGGACCCUAUUUAUCCUUGACGCUGCACCUGCACUCUUUAGUUUGACAUUAUCUCGAACUCGACAUUCAUGUGUUGAAACACCCAAGGAUAGUGCUGAGAAGACCACCGUGGUUUGGGAGCCAUCCAAGGAUUCGAAGAACUUGAAAUUGAAGUUCUUGUUGAUUUUCGGGUUUGAGGAAGAAGACAAGGUGAUAAACUAUAUAAGGCUUGUCAUGGAACGAGCCGUGGGGUUGAAGAGAAUUGAGCUGGAUGUUGAACGCCCAUGUGAGUAUUGCAAGGACACAGACCUUGAGUCCGCGACGAGAUCCCAGGUGGAUGAAGCUAGCAGUCAUCGGAUUAGGGAGAGGCUCGCACAUGGAUCCUCCUCGCUCGUGGAGAUAAUAAUAAAUGUUAAAUCCCCUAACUCCUCCAACUGCUAG